AUUUUCAUUUAUGUAUCUUGUCCUAUCGGCUCUUCCAAGAGCCAUCUUAGUUGUACCCUACAAAACAACAAAAAAAUGUACAAAAAGACAGCCAUAAAGAUCUGACUUUACCCAUGUGGAUCUGAUUGUAUAUAUUUCAGUGGGUCACACAUCCCUAUGCAAAUUAUUCCCCUCCAAUAAUUCACUUUCAAUAGUUAAUUCUUACAGCCAACCCAACAUUUUCAAGAUCCGUAUGUGUAUAAAGUCCCAUUGCAACUUAUUAUUGCAAGAACCUUUCACCACAAUUCCCAGCAUGUGGAGCAACCUCCCCUUCGACCUCCUUUCCACCAUCUUCUCCUUCCUUCCCCCGGACUCCUUGGUACACGCUAGGUCAGCUUGUUCGCACUGGAACAAAUGUGCCAUGUCGGCUUACGCGGCUCCGCCGGAUUAUUCGUGCCGCCACGCACCGUGGUUCUUCGCCUUCCCCACGCGCCACCGUGGGCACCUUUGCUACGCCCACAACCCGAUUACCGACAAUUGGCACGUCCUGUCCCUCGACUUUGUUCCCCAUCCAAUCCGUCCAAUCGCUUCGGUUUGUGGGCUUAUACUCUUUAGGCAGACAAGCACCACAUCCCUCCGAUUAUCCGUAUGCAAUCCAUUCACUAAGCAAUUCAAGCCCCUGCCAUUGCUAAACAUCACUCGUACUAAUCCAGCAGUGGGCCUAAUAGAGGUAGGACCAAGCCCACAAGUUGCAAUCCCUCAAUUCAGGGUCUACAUCGCUGGAGGCAUGUCCGAGGCGCCACGUGGCUCCUCAUACGAGACCACAUUGGAAAUGUACGAUUCACAGAUGGACGCGUGGCAGAUUAUCGGGCCAAUGCCGGUGGAGUUUGCUGUGAGGUUGACAGUUUGGACCCCCAAUGAGAGCGUGCACUCGAACGGGAUCAUAUAUUGGAUGACCUCAGCCCGUGCCUAUAGUGUUAUGGGCUUCGAGAUCGGCACCAACACGUGGAGAGAAUUAAGCGUGCCGAUGGCGGACCGGCUCGAGUUUGCCGCGUUGGUUUGGCGAAACGAGAAGCUGACACUUGUCGGAGGCACGUGCGUUGAAGAUGCAUUUGUGUGGGAGCUAAGUGGUGAUGAUACUUGGAGUUUGAUUGGCAAGGUGCCUGCUGAGUUGGGGAGGAGAUUUUUAGGGCUUAAGGUGGGGUGGGGUGGUACUAAAUGUGUGGGGAUUGAUGGGGCAGUGUGCUUGUACAAGGACCUUGGGUCUGGAAUGGUGGUUUGGAGAGAAGAUGUGGAGAAAGGUAGGUGGGAAUGGAUUUGGGUUGAUGGGUGCUGCUCCAUGAGAGGAAAACAAGUUCAGAAUUUCCCCAUCAAAGGAGUGGUUCUUCACCCAAACCUUGGUGCUUCUUGUUUGGGGCUUAGGUGACAAAAUCAAGGGCUCGGAACGUCAAACAAGAACAUUAGGUAUCCUGUUUCUCGUCAAGAGAGAUUCGUUUUAACUGCAAGUGGUGAGGAAGGUGAGAGCAACAGCGAAAGGCGAUAGAUCCGGAACCGGAAUUUUAGCAUCUGUAGAUGCAGGAAUGUCUCAAGGAAACAAGAGGCUUUGGUAGAAGUGGUGGUAGUAGACAGAAAGCAUUGUCUUUCUUGAGUUCAAUACUUCAAUGAAAGAAUGAAGCUUGUUCAUUAUACGUACCACCGAAAGAGAAUAAAAUUACAACCAUUAUGAAUGCAGAAGGAAUUUGUCUGUAA